AUCCUUCAGAUACAGGGCAGGUGUCAGGGAGGCUCCGCCAUUCCUGUGGGAGUGAUUCUGAAGGCCGAGGAGGCUGGGCGGGAUGGCUGGGCCAGCCAGGGCGGCUCUUCAGACCAGUGGCUCCAGAGGACGGAGGACGCAUCCCAAGGAGGGACGCUGGCUGCCCAGCCUCCCCAGCCUCUGGGCCCCACGGUCAUGGCCACACUGCGAGGGCCACUCCUGCUGCUGACCCUUGGCCUGGGUCUGGCCAGUGCUCAGAAGGCUCUGGAAGAGGUGCCAGUAGAGCCGGGGUUUCAGGCCCAGAAGGUGGAGGGCCGCUGGCUGACCAUCCAGCUGGCUGCCAGCCGCGCCCACCUGGUCUCCCCCACCGAUCCCCUGAGGCUCGGCCUCCACUCCAUCUGGACCCGGGAUGAGGACGUGGAAUUCGUCUUGUUCUGGACAGGAGACGGGGUGUGCAAAGGAGUGAACGUCACCGUCCACCCAACUGGGCUCCAAGGCCAGUUCCAAGGCUCCUUGGAGGGAGGCAGCAGCAUGCACGUCCACUUCGUCAGCACGGACUACAGCAAUCUCAUUCUCUACAUCCGCCUGGAGGACGACGAAGAGACCACCAGCUUGUGGGCCCUGCUGGCCAGAAGAGUGCCCGGAGACCCCUUGUGGCUGAGGAAGUACCUUGAGUAUGUCGCCAAGUUCCAGCUGCAGCAAGCCCUAGUCUUCAACCUCGAUGCUCGGUGCCCCCCCGCCAGAGCCUAGGUCACAGCUGAGGAGCCCUCCUGCCUGGCCCUCCUCCUGCCCACUGCCCUCCCU